AUGAUGAACAGACUGAAAACAGAAUUCUCUGCAGCUGAAAGCGAUAUUGAUGCACUGUUGAACUUGCAAAAUAGUCAAGCUAUCAAAGAAGUUAUUGCAAUAGUAAAGAAGUUAGAUAAUACUCUUUCUUUGCUAAAUAGUUUCCGAAUUUCAAAAGAUAAACGGAAGAAAUAUCAAGGUGUCUCAAAGCCCCUAUUCCAACGGAUUUCCUCAUUGUCCUCAUUCAUGAAUCAUAUGGAAUAUCAAGCACCAAGACUGUCGGCUACAUGGAAACCACUCGAACAGACUCUCGGACUUCUGGAAAAUUACCAAGACCAAUUCAACUUCACUGAGGAGUUUCAGAUCGAGAAAGCUUGCAUUAUGGGUUACAACAUUUCGUUUGAUCUAACUACUUCAGACCCUGAGUUAAUCGCAUUCGAAGAGUACUUAAAGAAUUAUUCAUUGGCAGAGGAUGAAUUCCAUGACGCAUGGCGUGAGCUGUCUAAAAACACCAAGACGGAAAAUCUUUUGGUCUAUGAAAACCCCGAAGCCCAUGUCGAAAAUAUAAAAAGAAGACUGGAAAUAUUUCUUGCAAAAUAUUCCACGGAAGAAAUGGAAAAGGUUUUGAAAAAUUUGGGGUAUGUUUUAUUGAAAGUCCUUGAUAAAAUAAUCUUCCAGUAG